UACUAUUUUAAAGACCGUAUAAAUGGAAAGAGAGAAAAAAACUUGGAAUUGAAUGACACCAGUCAUUCCAGUAGAUGGCAGUACCUAAUCAGUAAAACUGUCAUGAAUUAUCGUAGAGGAAGAACAGCACCGCGCAUGUGCACAGGGAGCGUAAGCAUAUGGAUGAUCUAAAAUGACUUUGUAGUGUAGUUAUAAUUAAGUAUACACUCUUUAUUGUAUAACAUGGCUCUCGUGCCGUACACGGAGACUUCGUUUCCGGCGCUGUCCAAGCUCCACAAUGCAUCAGCUCACUUUCGUUUUGCCAACCGCGAUCUUCAUUUAGCUCAGGACUGGAAGAAGCUCGGUGUAGCAGCGGUUGUCUGGGAUGCGGCAGUUGUGAUGUGCAUGUAUCUGGAAAUGGGGCAAGUUGAUCUGAAGGGAAAGGUGGCAAUUGAACUGGGAGCUGGAACUGGUCUGGUGGGGAUUGUAGCAGCCUUAUUAGGUUCAACAGUUACAAUCACUGAUAGAGAACCUGCUCUGGAUUUGCUCUCUGCCAACGUGAGGACUAACCUUCCCCCAGAACUCCAUGAAUCAGUGGCAGUGUCUGAGCUGACCUGGGGUGAGAACCUUCAACGUUACCCAGCGGGGGGGUUUGAUCUGGUUCUGGGAGCAGACAUUGUUUACCUGGAGGACACCUUUGUGCCGUUGCUGCAGACUCUCGAGCACGUGUGCUCUGACCUCUCUGUGGUGCUGCUGGCCUGUAAGAUCCGCUAUGAGCGAGACACUAACUUCUUGGCCAUGCUCAGUCAGCGGUUUAGAACUGAAGAGGUCUAUUAUGAGAAACAAAGAGACAUUCACAUAUUCAAAGCUUGGAAACUUCCACCUGUGAGAGACUUGUAACUUAAUUUGCUUAGUAAUAAUUUUGUAUAAAGAUCAAAUAAAAGCCCCUCAAAACGUA